AUGUCAUUCAAUAAUCUUGCGAACGUACUCUCCUUCCGCUUCGAUCACCGAGGCAACGAUCAAGACUUGGAUGAGGCUAUCGCACUUCAUAGGCAAGCGCUGGCUGUGGGCCCGGUCGGUCACCCAGAUCGGUCCUUGUCAUUAUAUAACCUUGGGAAUGGACUCGCCAUCUGCUUCAUGCACCGAAGCAAUGACCAAGACCUUAAUGAGGCUAUUGUGCUCCAGAGGGAAGUGCUGGCUUUGCAUCCGGUCGGUCAUCCAGAUCGCUUGGAGUCAUUCGAUAACCUUGCAAAUCGACUCUCCACCCGCUUCGAGCGCGGAGGCAAUGGCCAAGACUUGGAUGAGGCUAUUGCGCUUUCCAGGAAAGCAUUGGCUUUGCGCCCCGUCGGUCACUUGUAUCGACCCAACUCAUUGCAUAACCUUGCAGCUACGCUCUGCACCAGCUUCGAGCACCAAGGUCAUGUCAGAGACCUCAAUGAAUCACUAGAGAAUCUCCACCGUGCAUUGGCCCUGUUGACACAACAUGAUCCACGACUUCACGGCACUGGCGAAUAUGUCGAUAGUCUGAAUGCAGCCAUGCAUCAUCUCAAAGCAGCAGCACAUGUUGUCUGUGGAGAGGCUUACGCAACUUCCAUGCAACUUUUGGAUGCUUACAUGUCCGUGACAGCUUCAGUAUCGUCUCGUCAUAAUGCCAUGAAGGACUUCCCACACACACUUGCCAUGGAUGCUGCAUCAUGCGCUCUUCGUAGUGGGGAUGUGUGCCUGGCUGUUGAGUUGCUGGAACAAGGCAGGACUCUCAUCUGGACCCAGAUGACACGACUCCGCACGCCUCUCGACAGCCUCGAGAAGCGCGGUGGUCAUGCAGAGGCCCUGGUGAAGAAAUUCCGAGACAUCAGCUCCCUCCUUGAUAAGUCUCCUGCAGAAUAUCGAGAAGAGACUCCAAGAAUCAAUGUGGAAGCAGAAGCUGCCCGGUAUAUGCGUCUAGUGGAAGACUGGAAUAAAGCUGUGGAAGAGAUCUGGAAGCUCGAGGCUCGUGAUGGGCCUAUCAUUCUUCUCGUUGCAAGCAAGUCAUCUUGUGACGCCAUCAUCAUCCUGCACAAGCAACCUCCAAUUAGCAUUCGACUCCCUACCAAUUUAGAAAAACUCGUACGAUUAGUUGCUGCGCUCCAACACGCAGCUCAAAAAGACGGUGGUCCUAAAAGGGCCCAACCAGAGCUGAUAAAAGCUUUACGGAAGUUAUGGGGCGAAGUUGUCCAUCCGGCCUUCAGUUUCUUGCCAUUGCACACUGCUGGCGAGUACAGGGAACAUGGAAAGUCCCUUUCACAACUAUAUGUCUCUUCAUAUACACCGUCGCUUACUGUGCUGCUGAGGGCUUGCAGAAGUCAUGAAAGGUCCCUUCCAGUGUCGUUUGCUGCCAUUGGUCAGAAUCGCCCAGAAGGAGCUUCAUUUACUUUGGAGGGUGUGGAGCCUGAACUGGAAUUGGUUCAGAGUCUUUUACCCCCUCCCCCAACUGUUUCCUUCACCAAGAUUACGAGUAUUGAUGCAACGAAGUCAAGAGCAUUAAACAUGAUGAACCUUUCAAGUCGGCAGUUUCUCAUGCGUGAUCAACCACUUUCACUCCUCGAUAUCAUACAAAUGGAUCUGUCUCGGCAUGAAUUUGCAUUUCUUUCUGCCUGUGAAACUGCAGUUGGUACUCCAUAUACUCCUGAUGAAGUGGUACACCUGGCAGCUGGCCUACAGUUUGCUGGGGUGAACAGUGUAGUUGGGACAUUAUGGAAAGUCAACGAUACAACUGUGGAGCGCUUAGUCGAGGCAUUCUACAAGAACUUUUGCGGGGAUGGCACGACGAACUCAAAAGAGCUGCCCGAUCGCUGCACUGAGCGGUCCAGUCGUUGGCUUGUGACAAGGACAUACCUUUGGACCAACGCAUCGUGUUCAUGCAUAUUGGCGUAUGAUCAACUUUCAUCCUGCCGUCACUACACGUAG